AUGAAAGAAACAUUAGAAGGCAGAGAAAAUAUUGAAGAAGAAGAAGCAACAGUAGCGAUAUGGGAUUGUGGUAGCCCUUUAUAUGAUUCAUAUGAGCUGGUAUCGCUUACUCAUCUAAUUGAGCGACAUCUAAUGGCAUUGCCAUCUCUCGGCGGAUCAAAGAGGCUUACCACCAAAUUUUACUGUCCCUGUGAUGUAUCAUCCAACGUGCGCUCCAUAACGCAUACUAAACCUCCGUCUUCUUCUGCAAUCAGUUCGUUGAGUGAUUAUGUGGGCAGAAAGUUGUUGAAGAGGAAGAUUGGAGUUGGAGAAGUGAUUGAUAAGCGCAAGAGGUUGAAAAUACUCUGUGGCAUGUAUAAAGCAUUUGGAUUUUGGAAGAAAAAGAAAUACAGUGGCUAA